AUAUAACCACUUAUGGAGCCUAUAUGAUUAAAGUUAUCAAGUUUUAUAUCCAAAACCUAUUGUGGAGCCUAUAUUGCUAAUAAGGAGAGAAAAACAGUCGGUGAAUGAAUAUGGCAGAGACGGUAGAGGCGAUGCCCAAUCCUUCUCUAUUAGGAGAGCUUGAGGUAGAAGUUGAGAUCAAAGCUCCCGCGGCGAAAUUCUACCACAUCUAUGCAGGAAGACCACACCAUGUGGCUAAAGCCACUCCUCGCAACGUUCAAUCAUGUGAUCUCCACGAUGGGGAAUGGGGUACCGUAGGCAGCAUCGUCUUUUGGAACUAUGUUCAUGAGGGGCAAGCAAAGGUGGCAAAAGAGAGGAUUGAAUUAGUAGAGCCAGAGAAGAAACUGAUAAAGUUUAGGGUCAUUGAAGGCGAUAUUAUGGCCGAGUACAAGAGUUUCUUGAUCACGAUUCAGGUGACCCCGAAGGAAGGAGGAGUUGGAAGUGUUGUGAAAUGGCACCUUGAAUACGAGAAGAUUGAUGAGAACGUGGCUCAUCCGGAGAAUCUCCUCCCUUUCUUUGCCGAGAUGACCAGAGAGAUCGACGAACACCUCUUAUCCGAGGAAUGAACAGACUCUUGGUGAUAUUUAUAUCUUGUGCUCUAGUUAUAGAUAAAGUUUAUGCAUUUGU